AUGGAGAUUUGGGCGUAUAAAUACAGGGCACAGGCAGAAGAGAAGGCAGCUCAGAUUCAACUGGCUCUUCGAACCGAGCAGGAACGCGCUGAGUUGACAGCUAUGGCACCCACUGUUUUUGGACAAGCAAGCUAUCCUAAGGAACACCUGGCUCCUGCUCAUAAGAUGAGAAAGCCAAUGGUGGAGAAACUGCGCAGAGACCGCAUCAACACCAGCAUCGAGCAGCUGAAAUCUCUGCUUAGUCCUGAGUUCGUCAGGCAGCAGCCCGACUCUAAGCAAGAGAAGGCGGACAUCUUGGAGAUGGCCGUGUCCUAUCUGAGAGUCUGGCAGCAUCAGAAGCAGCAGCAGAAGGCCGGCGUGACCUCUGGCCCGAUGGCGGGCGGCGACAGCUACUCUCGCUGCGUGCAGGAGGCCGUCAGCUUCCUGUCACACUGCGAGGUCCAGACUCAGGCCCACCGAAGGCUGCUCAGCCACUUCCAGGGCCUGCAGGCGUCCAGCCACGCUCCCUGCACCCUCUCCCCUCCCGGCUCGCCGCUCCAUCAGAUCAGCUCCGGCAAGCGUGUGAGACAGGCCAGCAGCGCCCUGUGGAGGCCCUGGUAG